AUGGACGACGACGACGCCGCCGCCGCCUCCCUCCCUCGACCGUCGCCGCUCCCCGACGCGGCGCCCGCCAUCUGUCGGAUAUGUAGGGGCGAGGGCACCGCCGCCGAGCCGCUCUUCUACCCCUGCAAGUGCAGCGGCAGCAUCAAGCACGUCCACCAGGACUGCCUGAUGGAGUGGCUCUCGCACUCGCAGAAGAAGCACUGCGAGCUCUGCAAGACGUCGUUUCGCUUCACCAAGCUCUACGCCCCCGACAUGCCCCAGUCGCUGCCCGUCCACGUCUUCCUCGAGCACGUCGCCCGCUACCUGCUGCGGAACCUGCUCCUCUGGCUCCGCGCCGCCGUCACCGUCAGCGUCUGGGUCUGCUGGCUGCCCUACUUCAUGCGCUCCGUCUGGUCCUUCAUGUUCUGGGUCAGCGACGAGGGCCUCGGGCCCGCCUCGGUCCUCGCGAGGAGCGACGUCGCCGGCGCCGCCCUCUGGCUCUCGGCCUCGGACCUGGGCACCUGUCCCGCCACGCCCCUGCUGGCCCCGACCACCACCUCGGCCGCCGAGGCCGCCGCCGUCAUCAAGGAGCUGCACGGCGAGGACCUGUCCGAGUACCUCGUCCGCAUCCUCCUCGGCUCCCUCGGCAUGCCCACCAAGACGCGCUCCGACAGCGUCGGCGGCCCCUUUGACGCCUCGCACGCGAGCGGCCUGAACCUGACCGUGCCGACCGCCAGCACCCUCCUCGGCGACGUGAGGAUGCUCAAGAACCUCACGCGAAGCCCGACCGUCAACAGCACCGUCGUCACCGUCCUCGAGGGUCAGAUCAUCACCAUCCUCGUCAUCCUGAGCUUCAUCCUCGUCAUACUCGUCCGCGAUUACGUCGUGCAGCAGCAGCCCGAGAUCAACAUGCGCGCCGCCUUUGAGCCCGAGAAUGAUGACCUCCCCGCGCCGCACGCCGACGAGCCGGCCGAGCCGCCGCCGCCGCCGCCGCCGCUGCCCAUGGUUGAGCCGCUGCGGGAGCCCGUCGAUUCCGACUCGGACGGCGAGGUGCCCGACGGCAGCACCCGCGCGAGCACGCCCCUGCCCGUGAUGCCGGCGCCCGAGAGCUCGACCGCCGAAUCCGACAUGGCCGGGAUGGGCGUCGGCCGCGAGCAGGAUGGCCAGGAAGGGCCGUCGACGACGGCCACGCCCGUCGACGAGGCAACGUCGCCGCCGGAAAUGCCGUCCGAUCGGCCGGCCGCCCGUCGACCCUUUGCCGUCGCCGACGCCGACGACGCCGACAGUCGCUCCAGCGUCAUGGACUACCUGCGAAUCUAUCGACGGGCCAACGGGGACUUGGAACGCAUCCUGCAGAUCGUCGAGGAGGAGGGGCUCGAGGACCGCCUCGGCUACUGGGUCGACGUGACCCGCCGUUCCAUGACGAAACGCGACGACGUCGAAAACGCCCUCGCCCUGUCGCUGACCGUGCCGUCGGCCGCGCCGGAGGAGCAUCCUCGAGCGGCCGUCGAGGACCGCGCCGACGAGUUGACGGCGCUGGCGAGCGCCUCCAAGGGCAAGGAAGUGGCGGCGGCCUGGCCGGCGCCGGAGCAGCCGCGAGCCGCUUCGUCGAGGCCACGCGCCGCCUCGGAUGGCCCGAGGCCUCGCGCCGCCGUGCAUCCUCUCGGCAGCAACAACUGGUCGUUUGCCGACCUGCCGCCACGUUCGUCGGCCGACGAGGAGUCGCCGUCGUUCCGAGCCGACGGAGCCUCCUCGGUCGACCGUGAGAACGGAUACCCUCGCGAUGACGAGCAUCACGCGCAUGCCGAUACCGAGAACGGAGCCGUCGCGGCCCAUCCCCCCGAGGCCGACCAGGCCGACCAGGCCGAGGCGCCCAGCCACGUCGAGCCGCAGGGGCUCCUCGGCUGGAUGGCCGACUUCAUGUGGGGAGGUCUCGAUGAGCAUCAGAACCUCGACGCCGACGACCCUCACCACGACGACGACGGCUGGGUCGACGUCCCGAUGGCCGACGGCCCCGACGACGACGUCGAGCCCGACGACAGGGACGUCGACGCCGUCGGCGGCCAGGGCGUCGAUGUCGAGGUCAUCGACGACCUCGAAGAGUUCGAGGGCGUCAUGGAGCUCAUCGGCAUGCGCGGACCCAUCGCCGGCCUCUUCCAGAACGCCAUCUUCUGCGCCGUCCUCGUCUCCGUCACCAUCUUCGCCUGCAUCUUCGUCCCCUACAACAUCGGCCGGCUGAGCGUCUGGACCGUCGCCAACCCCCUGCAGCUGGUCCGCAUGCUCUUCGAGCUGUCCAAGGUCGUGCAGGACGCGAGCAUCAUCGUCGGCGGCCUGGCCUCGUGGUGCGCCCUCAACCUCGUCCAGAUGUUCACCGGCGUCGUCGGCGGCGCCCUCGAGUCCAAGGUCGUCGUCGCGCGAAAGGCCUCGUGGGCCCUGUGGACGGGCGCCGCCAAGCGCGUCAUGGAGUGCGCCCUCAUGGACUUUCCCACGACGGCGUCGGAGAUGAAGAACUUCUCCGCCAUCAGCCACGAGGCCCUCGUCGCCGUCAAGGGGUCCCUGUCGUCGGCCCUCGGCAGCGCCCACCUGACGCUGGCCUCCCUCGCCACCGUGAGCUUGGCUGCGUCGGACGGCAGGCUGCUCCUCGCCGCGGCGACCGGCGCCGCCGGUUCGGCCGCCGCGAGCCUCCGCGCCCUCUGGUCGCUUCUGCUCGAUCCCAGCUCGUGGGUCAUCGACCUGCGCGGCGUCGAGGGACGGCCUCCCGUCGACCCCGAGCUCGCCUACUGGUCCGGACUCGACCGUCUGUGGGCCAUCCUCGCCGGCUACGUGACCAUCUGCGCCGUCGGCGCCAUGUACCUGAGGCGAGGCACGCCCUUCUCGACGGGCAACCUGAUGCAGGCCUGGGAGGCCGGCGUCAUCGACACGCUGCACCAGGCGAGCGGCAUCAUGAAGGUCAUCCUCAUCAUCAGCAUCGAGAUGCUCGUCUUCCCCCUCUACUGCGGACUCCUCCUCGACGUCGCCCUGCUGCCGCUCUUCGAGAGCAUCACGGUCCGCUCGCGCGUCAUGUUCACCUACAACUACCCCCUGACCUCCAUCUUCGUCCACUGGUUCGUCGGCACCGGGUACAUGUUUCACUUUGCCCUCUUCGUCUCCAUGUGCCGCAAGAUCAUGCGACCGGGCGUCUUGUGUGAGUGCCUCCCCCCGGCCCCCUUGCUGCCCCCGGCGACCCUACGCCCGCCUGCUGAUCCCUUUCGUCCUAGACUUCAUCCGAGAUCCCGACGACCCCGAGUUUCACCCCGUCCGCGACGUGCUCGAGCGCAACCUCACGACGCAGCUGAGGAAGAUACUCUUCUCGGCCUUUGUGUACGGUGCGCUCGUCAUCGUCUGCCUCGGCGGCGUCGUCUGGGGGCUGGCCUACGCGCUGCCGGGCGUCCUGCCGAUACAUUACUCGUCCAACGAGCCGGUGCUCGAGUUCCCCGUCGACCUCCUCUUCUACAACUUCCUGAUGCCCCUGGCCGUCAAGGUCUUCAAGCCCGGCGACGGCCUGCACACCAUGUACACCUGGUGGUUCCGCAAGUGCGCCCGCGCCCUGCGCCUGACGUACUUUCUCUUCGGCGAGCGACGAAUCGACGAGGAGGGCACCCUGCAGCUGGAUCCGGGCCUGCGCCAUCGGUUGCGGGUCAGGCCUCUGUUCCUCGAGCUCGACAAGUUCAACCAGGUCAUCCCCAAGACGUGGCGGGACACCUUCGAGGGCGGCCACGCGAAGCCCAACCCUCCCAUCUCGAGCCGCGAGGAGAGGAUACUGCGGCGGCGCAAGAAGCACCUCGUCGGCUCGAGACAGCUCGUCAAGAGCGGCCGCUUCGUGCGCGCGCCGGCCUCGGACCGGGUCAAGAUACCCAAGGGCCGGAAGGUCUUCCUCCCCGUCACCGAGCUCAGCAGGCGCAAGGACGGCAACGAGGACAACGACAUCUACGCCUCCAACCAGUACCAGCUGGUGUACAUCCCACCCCACUUCCGCACGAGGGUCUUUCUCUUCAUCCUCUUCAUCUGGCUCUUUGCCGCCGUCACGGGCGUCGGCAUCACCGUCAUCCCGCUGGCCCUCGGGAGGACCAUGUUCAAGGCGCUGAUCCCCGAGGGGAUCCGAACCAACGACAUCUACGCCUUCAGCAUCGGCAUCUACCUCAUCGGCACCGUCGCCUACGCCGUCUUCCGCGCCCGGAGCCUCGUCGCCCAGGCGCGCGGCUGGGUCGGCGCGGCGUGGGAGGAGAUCAAGGGCGGCGGCGUCGCGCGCCGCACCUUGUCGGCCGUCGUCCGGGCGGCCAAGCUCCUGUACGCCUACUUCUUCCUCCUCCUCGUCUUCCCGCUCCUCUUCUCGACGACGAUGGAGCUCUACGUCACCAUCCCGCUGCACACGUACAUGAACCCGCCAACGGCGGCGCGGGAGCCCGAGCGGACGGUCGACCGUCACACCGUCCGCCUCAUACAGGCCUGGACGCUGGGGUUGCUGUACCUGAACCUCGGCACGCGGAUGCUGCGGUCGCUGCUCCCCGACAGCCGAAUCUCGACGGCCGUGCGGACCGUCAUGCGCAACGGGUGGCUGCGACCCAACAUUGGCGUCCUGACGAGGGCCUUUGUGAUCCCCGGCGUCGUGAUGGCGGCCGUGGCCACGUUCUACCCGCCCCUGAUGAUGAGCAUCUUCGUCAGGACCGAGCUCGCCGCCGAUCUCUACGCCGCCGCCGACGAAGGCGUCCGGGCGGCCAAUCUCGCCAUCCUGUACCGAUACUCGUAUCCGGCAUCCGCGCUGGCGGCCGUCGUGAUGAGGAAGCUCUUCCGCAUGGUCAGGGUGUUCAACGGUUGGAAGGUGGGCAUCCGCGACGAGGCGUACCUCAUCGGCGAGCGUCUGCACAACUUUGGCGCCGCCGCGACGGGAACGAAGAGGGCCAAGAAGGUAUGGGGAGCAGCGGGACAUGCAAGAUUGUAAGCGAUUCGUGCGCACGACGGCGUUUGCCUGCACUGUAUAUAUAUCCAUCAUGUGUAAUGAGCGUAAUGAUACCUCGACGGCCUCGGGCUCCUUGGCACGGCUUCCACAUCGGCAGGGGCUUUGGUGCAUGGCCAUGUCAGCAGCGGUAG